AUGGAGAAGACGCAGUGUACCGUGGUGAAGGUCAAUGCAUACCUGCUGGAUGUGUCGCCGCUAUGCGUAGCAGGAUCGAAGCGAGUGUGCGAUGCGGCCUGGCAGCAGGGGGUUGUGUUGGGCGAUGCCGGUGCAAUUGUGGUUGGCACGCUGUGGGGUGGCGCAUCGCGUCAUCACGCGGCUUUGGAGGCUGCAUUGACAGCCGCUGCUGAAGGGCUUUGGCCAAAGCUGGUGCUGGCCGGCGUCGAGAUCAGGAAAGUUGGCAAGACCGGUGGGACGAACAUCGUGCGCUUGGAUGCCUCGGAUGCAUCGACCGUGAAGGUGGAUCCAGCAGCGAGCCUUACGAUCAAUGUCGACGACAGCAUCCUCGUGAAGGAUUUUUCGGAGCUGGUAUCCUGGGAGGUGAGGGUGGGGCUGCGAGGUGUUACACUAUAA